GUCGAAGCAAGGGGGCUAUGUACUGGGACUUGCCAGCAACGUCCCAGAAAAUCCGGCAUGAUCUGAAUCCCGAUGGCGUGGCCUGUGCACGAGGCCACCCUGGAUGCCUUAUCUACUUGACCUGUAUCUUGUCACCUCACCCGUCCUUCCACCUGUCAUCAUGGCGGAUGACGAUAUUCGUCUCGCCAAGCUCAAAGAAUAUUUUGACGCUGUUCUUGCCGGAAAACACUCGCUCAACCGACGAUCCGUCCCUUUAUUCCUUGAAGGCCUCUACCAUCAUCCAGACCCAGUAUCUUGCGUUCACAAGCUCAUCUCGAACGCCAAGCGUCUUUCUUUGCUCCAGCAAGCCGUAUUUUCCGAUAUAUCAUCGCCGGUCUUGCAAAUGCAUAUAACGUCGUUGAUAUUGUACCUCCGCCAUCCGUCACUCAAAGAUCUCGCUGAUGGCGACUACCUUCAACGAAUCGUUCGCCACCUGACGGAACCCCCGAUUCUUCUGGAUGCCUUGGAACGAGAAUACCGAAGCGAUCGACUUGCAGACGACUCGCUGCUUGCCUUGGGCUGGCUGACACUGCAGCUCAUCUCUCUUCCUGACGCGCACGCCCACGAUUACCGCCGGGUUGUCACUUCCAAUGGCAUACUCGAUGCGCUCAUCUCUUCUCCCCGCGAGGACACUCGCUCGAUCGGCUAUAGGCUCAAGCAUUUUGUGGAGACGUGCAGUGUGGGCGCCGAUCCUGAUCUCGAAAACGGCCCGGGCGGCCGACACGAUAACGAUCAUGUCAACUUUCGAGAAAUCGCCAUUCUUCCCACCACGGACGAAAUCCAUUGCAAAACUCCUGUUUUUCUGCGCACUGCUGUAGAAGUCGAAGACAUUCCGACAGAUCAGCGUCUUCAAACCCACCUCGAUAACCAGUUCCGUCUGCUUCGCGAGGACAUGCUCAGCGAGCUCCGACCGGAGCUCGACAUUGCUACGGGCAACAAGAAGGGUCAACAUCGUGGUCUCGUUGUUGAAGGUCUCCGGCUCACAGGCAUUUAUGCCAAGGCCCUUGAGCCUAAGGAGAAGGGCCGCCACGAUAAGUGGGGUAUCAUUCUGGAGUGCCCGAAGAACUACGAUUUCUGGUUUUUCAAGAAGGACCGCCCCAAGAAAAGAGAAGAAUAUCUGCUGGAGGAAGGCAAUAAGCGAUUCAUCAAGGACAUGUCCACCGCUGGCCUUAUCGUCGACGAUCGCGUGGUUGCGUUUCCCACCAUCCGGCGCAUCACUUCGCUCUUAGCGGCAAAGCCUCCAUCCUUUGUUCUCCAAAUAGAGGAAGAAGACGCGUUCAUUCGGACGUGGAUGAGCUUCCAAAAGGCACGGAAUAUCAAGCUGAUACAGGUCGACACGCCGGUAUUCUCGUAUGAGCCCGUUCUUAAGGCUCUUCAGCGCAUCGAGCAUUCGCCUCUGCUCUCUGAACUGAUUUGCUGGGAUCCUGGUUACGCUGUUCAAGAUCCUGCAAUGUCUCCCAAACUGCUUUCCAUCGUGGAAAAAGUGAGACGGAAUCCCGCACAAGAUCUUGCCUCCCUUACUGGCAGCUCCAAACCACUCGUGCUCGACAGUGCCCAAGCAAAUGCACUGCUUUCUGGUCUAACCAGGAGUGUUUCCAUCAUACAAGGCCCACCAGGCACAGGGAAGUCCUUCAUCGGCGCGCUUCUGGCCAAGCUCUUUCACGACAACACAAAUAGCAAGAUACUUGUUUGUUGCUAUACCAAUCACGCGCUGGACCAGUUUUUAGAAGAUCUUUUGGAUAUCGGAAUCCUCGCCUCUGGUAUUGUUCGCCUCGGCGGCAAAUCGACACUGCGUACUGAGCCCCUGAGCCUUUACAACCAACGAGCACUGGGGCCCAGAUUUCGCCAUAGCGAUUGGACAGAGAUCAACGGGUACCACAGACAGUCCUCAGCCGCUGCCGCCCGUCUAAAUCGUUCAUUCUUGGCUGGCUCCCUAGUGACCCACAAGAAUCUCAUGACACAUAUUGAAUUUGACGAUCCUGAUUUCUACGAAGCCCUUUCGUUCGAGAACGAGGACAACAUGCAGACGGUGGGCAAGAAUGGACAACGAAUUGCCCCAAACUAUCUUUUGAGUCGCUGGCUGAAAGGCCAAGAUGCUGGCGCGCUACGCGAGCUCCCAUGUGUUCUGGCGUCGUCCCGGAUAUGGGUUAUGCCACUUGAGCAGCGCAUCGCCAAACGUACCCAAUGGGAAACUGCCGUCCUGAAUCAAUACGCGCGCAAGCUGUUUCAAGAAGGUCGCAGGUUCAACAUUUCUCAAGGGAAUCUUGAGCGCAAGUUUGCGAGUGGAGAACGAUCGACGCUAUGUUCAAAGCGCAUUGUUGGUUGCACCACUACGUAUGCGGCCAAAUAUAAAGAAGACAUUGCGGCAGUCAAACCAGACCUCGUUCUCGUGGAAGAGGCUGGGGAGCUUUUGGAGAGCCAUGUUCUUACUGCCUUAGUAUCAACCACGAAUAGGCUGAUACUUAUCGGGGACCAUAAGCAGCUUCGCCCCAAGGUUGAUAGCCACGACCUCACUGUAGAGAAAGGACGUGGAUAUGACCUCAACAGGUCUUUGUUUGAACGGCUUGUCAUGAAGGGCUUUCGACACGAUACUCUGAGCAAGCAGCAUCGUAUGCGUCCGGAAAUCUCGGCCUAUGUUCGCCGCCUGACCUACCCAGAGCUUGUGGACGGUGAUGGUACGCACAACCGUCCGGACAUCCGUGGUCUGCGGGACAAUAUCAUAUUCUUUGCGCAUUCUAGUCCGGAGGAUGAAGACGCCGGAUCGAAUGAUAUGGAGCAAGGGCACAAGUCUUCCAAACAAAACGAAUUCGAGGUGGCAAUGGUUCUGAAAAUUCUGCGCUACCUCGGACAGCAAGGCUAUGGCACAGAUGAAAUAGCCAUUCUCACCCCAUAUCUGGGCCAACUUCACCGGCUUCGCGAAACACUCCAAAAGGACAAUGAUCCUGUUCUGAAUGACUUAGACACGUUCGAUUUAGUGCGAGCGGGACUAUUGUCUGCGCAUGCUGCCUCUAUUACCAAGAAGCGUAUUCGUUUGGCAACAAUCGAUAAUUAUCAAGGAGAAGAAAGCAGCAUUGUUAUCGCCUCACUCGUUCGAGGCAAUGCAACUCGUGACAUAGGAUUUAUGUCCUCUCCAGAACGAGUGAAUGUCUUGAUGUCUCGUGCUCGAAAUGGUCUCAUUAUCAUCGGUAAUCUUGAUACCUUCUCCGAUCCUCGGACUGGAGGAGGGACUUGGGUACCGCUCUUGUCGAUGCUGAAGGAAGACGGACACAUCUACGAUGGUUUGCCUGUGAAGUGUGAACGCCAUCCGGCGCAUACUGCGUUGUUGGCAACGCCCGCACAAUUCGAGGAGGAAUGUCCUGAUGGUGGCUGCAAAUCUCCGUGCUCGGAGACACUUGCUUGUGGACUGCAUUUGUGCCCAUCAAAGUGCCAUCAGCUGUUUGAUCACUCAAAGAUGAAGUGUGAACGCGUCUUAGAUGACAAGUGCACAAAUGGCCAUCGACGGACGUGGAAAUGUUAUGAAAACCCACCUCCAACCUGUCGUGCAUGUGACGAUGCCACUGCCAUUGCUGAGAAGAAGAAAGAGAAGGCAUUCGAAGCCCAGAAGAAGCGGGAACAGAAGCAACGUGAAUACGAGGUCAAGCGGGCGGAGAUUCAGGCAGAAAUUGACAACAAGCGCGAAUUCCAGGCAGAACUUGAACUGGAGCGGCAGCGAACGAAAGUGCUUACUCAGCUGGAAAAGGAUCGUGACAAUACUUCUUCACGAACGGAGGGAGUCAUUUCCUCAGCUUUCGAACCCACUCCCCCUGCACUCGUCCCCAGCUCGGAACAUGGCCAUUCAUCUUCAGGAGUUAUUACUCCCGAUGAGAGCCCUUUGGCCCAGAGACCUCCGUCAUUGUCCGAAGAAGAUGAGUGGCAACGACAAAAGGCUUUGGAAGGGGCCGAUAAUGCCAGUAUAGACGAGAUCAUGAAGAUGGUUGGUCUCAAAGAGGUGAAGGCCCAAAUUCUUCGCAUCAAGGAUAAGAUAGUCGUCAGUAUUCGCCAAGGGACAUCCAUGAAAGAUGAACGCUUUCAUGUCGUUUUCCUGGGCAAUCCAGGCACUGGCAAAACGACGGUUGCACGCCUUUAUGCGAAAUUUUUGACAACGGAAGGCGUUAUUUCUGGGUCUGAGUUCUUUGAGACAUCUGCAUCCCGCCUUGCCAGUGACGGCAUACUGAGCUUCCAGAAAGCCCUCGAGUCUAUCCUUAACGCAGGGGGAGGCGCAGUAUUCAUCGACGAGGCUUAUCAGCUUGCGAGCAGCAGUUCCCAAGGCAGUUCAAUUCUGAAUUUUCUCCUCACUGAAAUGGAGAAUCACCACGAUAAGCUUGUUUUCAUAUUUGCCGGCUACAAUAGGGAGAUGGAGAAGUUUUUCGAGCAUAACCCGGGACUGAACAGUCGCAUCCCCUAUCGUUUGAGCUUUCAAGAUUAUUCGGAUAAGGAGCUGCUGGCCAUGCUGGAGCAAAGCAUUGUGAAGAAAUACGAUGGGCGGAUGAAGAUCGAGGGCGGCAUGCACGGCUUGUACGCUCGCAUUUGUGUCCGUCGACUUGGUCGUGCACGUGGCCGUGACGGGUUUGGGAAUGCCCGUGCCCUGCAGGGCAUUGUCACAUUCAUCUCAGAGCGCCAAGCCAUGCGUCUGAAAGUGGAACGAAGAGCUGGUCUCUCUCCCGACGACUUCUUGCUAACGAAGGACGACAUGAUUGGACCAGAUCCUUCUAAGGUUCUAGAGGAGAACGUCACAUGGAAAGAGCUUAUGAGCCUCAUCGGCCUGGAUGCAGUUAAGCAAGCGGUUCGCAACCUUUUUAACCUCGUCGAAAGCAAUUAUCGUCGCGAUUUGAAGGAGAAGGAGCCCCUUGCCAUGUCCCUCAACUGCGUUUUCCUUGGAAAUCCGGGCACUGGGAAGACGACUGUUGCGAAUCUGUAUGGCCAGAUUUUAGCAGACUUAGGCCUCCUUUCUCGCGGAGAAGUCGUUUUGAAGAAUCCCUCAGACUUCAUUGGAUCUGUUCUCGGAGAGUCAGAAUCAAAGACAAAGACUAUUCUUGCCUCCACAGUUGGAAAGGUUCUGGUAAUUGAUGAGGCUUAUAUGCUACAUGGUGGUUCCGCGUCAAACUCGACAUCAGAUCCCUAUAAGACGUCGGUUAUUGAUACCCUUGUGGCGGAGGUUCAAAGUGUGCCUGGUGAAGAUCGCUGCGUGAUAAUGUGCGGUUAUGAAGCCCAGAUGGUGAAGAUGUUUCAGGAGGUGAAUCCAGGACUAUCGCGACGGUUCCAAAUCGAAAAGCCAUUCCGUUUUGAAGACUUCACCGAUUCUCAACUUCUGGAGAUCCUCAACUCGAAGCUGAAGCGACAAGACCUUGACGCGACACCUGAGGCAAAAGCAGUUGCCAUUGGGCUCCUGAACCGUGCACGAAAUCGACCUAACUUUGGUAACGCUGGAGAGGUCGACAAUUUGCUCUCCAAAGCCAAAGAGCGUGCACAGCCGCGAGGAUUGACCGAUGACGUGAUCUUCCAGCCGGAAGACUUCGACCCAGAUUUUGGUCGAGUGGCCCGAUCCAACGAUGCCCUUGAGCAGCUCUUUGCCGGCGAUGUCGGGCAUGAGAUGAUUGUCGAGAAACUUAGGGCAUAUCAAAAUAUCGCGACUCGCAUGCAAAAGAGGAGACAAGGUAUAAAUGAGCUUAGGCGGCUCAUUCCGACCAACUUUGUCUUCAAGGGUCCACCAGGUACAGGCAAAACAACCACGGCUCGAAAAAUGGGAAUGUUCUAUUACAACAUGGGCUUUCUCAACACUCCUGAGGUUGUCGAGUGCUCUGCCUCUGACCUUGUUGGAGAGUACAUAGGUCACACCGGACCGAAAACGGAGGGAGUCUUCAGCAGAGCUCGGGGAAAGGUCCUAUUCAUUGACGAGGCUUAUCGGCUCGCUCAUGGUCCCUUCGCAAAGGAAGCGGUGGACGAGAUGGUAGACCUUUUGACGAAAGAAGAAUACGUUGGUCGAUUGGUUGUAGUCCUCGCUGGCUACGAGGAUCAGAUGAACCAGCUCCUAUCAGUGAAUCCCGGUCUCUCGAGUCGAUUUCCAGAAGAGAUUCACUUCCACAACCUCCCGCCCGUCGCAUGUCUACGCAUCCUCUUCCACGAGCUGAAGAAGCAAGGGGUAUCCUGCCCACACUUUCCAUCACCGGAAUCUCAAGGCCAUGAAGAAUUAAUUUUCCUAUUCGAAGAACUGUCCCGCCUUCCAACUUGGGGCAACGCACGCGACGUGAAGGAAUUAGCUAAAAGGAUGGAACGACAGGCGUUCGAUCGUGCGUCGGAGUCUCCGGAUUUAGACCUCCACCUCUCCAUCGAAGAUGCCAUUGCCUGCGUCACCAAGUUGGCCGAGGAACGAGUUGCCCGUGACUCAAUGACCACACGAAUUGACCCCGUCCCUGGCCAUGGCGCAACUCUCCAGCUUUCCACCCCUUCACUGCCCCUUCCAUCCCCAUCCAUCUCGCGGGUCAAGACCUUGCUCACUGUACCCUCUGAUGAAGCUGUCUUGAAAACAGCAAGGGGAGAGGAUGACCUCCAGACAGAUGAUCAAAAGAACAGGGAGGUGCAGGAGAAGGCCGAUGUCCUAAUCCGUCAGCUAGAGAGUGAGGUGAAAAGUGCCGACGAUGCACAAACAGCAGCUGAGAAAGACCACGAGGAGCUCGCGAGGAAGAUCGAGACCAACGCCGACGACCAGAACGCAUCUCGGCUUCUUGAGCAGCAAAGGAUCGACAAGAUACGUGCUGCUGCUGACGCCGAGUUAGGCCGUCGAGCCCUGGAGGCGGAGAAGGAGCGCCAGCGUAAGGCGCAGAGAGAAGAGGCGCGCAUGCAACAGAAGUUGCGAGAUAUGGGCGUUUGUGUUGCUGGCUUCAGAUGGAUCAAGCAGGUGGAUGGAUAUCGCUGUGCAGGGGGUUCGCAUUGGGUCUCUUCCCAAGACCUUAGAGAUUAG